AUGAAGUCCCUGGCCCUGCUUUUCCUGCUGUCUGUGGGCACAGCCUGCGCUGCUGUCGAACCCCGGGCCUUGUGGGAUUUUCGCAGCAUGAUCAAAUGCACCAUACCGGACAGCUAUCCUCUGCUGGAGUUUGCCGACUACGGCUGCUACUGCGGCUUGGGAGGCGGAGGGACCGCGGUGGAUGAGCUUGACAGGUGCUGUGAAGCACAUGACCAAUGCUACACGAAGGCAAAGAAACUGGAAUCAUGCAAAUCGCUCGCGGACAACCCCUACACAGGGUCAUACAGCUUCAGCUGCUCCAGUGGGAAGAUUACGUGUAGCAGAGUGAAGUCUCAGCGUCUUAUCUUCGUUUACUCUGUUGUUGUUUUCUCGGCCAAGAUUUUUCAGGCUCUGCAGGCAGAGCUGAAUUACUCUAACUGUAUGGUCAUUGCAGAGAUGAAAGAGAAAGUACUCCAGCUGAGACAAGACACGCAGAGAGCCAACAACUAUGCUCGUGUACAAGGUCCGGCAGAGCGCCUCCAUGAGCUGCUGUCGUCUUUUGGCAGUGAGGAUGAGGUGAACUCGUAG